ACGCCGAAAGAUGCCACUUUUGGGCCUUGGCGUAAGAUGAAUUGUCCUUUCCCUGUUGAGUCGUUGACUUGAGACUUGGAAAAGCUAACUUGGCCAUUGGGGGUUCUGUAGGAGAGAUCGAUCUGCGGGUGGUGAAAGAUAAUCAAGAAAUUAGGUUUCUGUUCACUUUAACUUGAUUGAUUUGGAAAGAUUAUUGGGGUGUUUUGAAUUUGCAGACCUAAAGCCCUAAUCAGAAAUUGGGAUACUGUUGCUGAUCGAUGGAGAAGAAAAGAAAGGGGAAAAUUGAAAACCCUCACCGAUCUGUAAAAGUGGAAGAAGAUACAGAAACUUAUGGGGACUCUGUAGGAGGAAGAGAAUAUGAAGUCUUUUUGGGUUGCAGAAGCUCAGACACUGCUUGCCACGCCUUCUCCGAUUAUCUGUACAAUCAUCUCAUGCGCGUACGAGUUCGCACCUUUUGGGACCAUAAAUAUCAUCAUCCCCGAGGAGUCCAAGAAGAAAUGACCGACAUGACAAUAGACGAUUCGGAUUCGAGGAAGCUUCGGAGGGUAGAUAGUGGUGCCGAGGGGGCGGACUCGGCGCUGCGGACGCUGAAAGCGCCGCGAAUUCGAUGGACGACUCAAUUGCACCAGCGGUUCGUUGACGUUGUUGCUCAUCUGGGUAUCAACAAUGCCACGCCGAAGAAGAUUACGAAGUUGAUGAAUGUUGAGGGCUUGGGGCGCGAUCACGUAGAGAGUCAUCUGAACAUGUACAGGCUUGUGCUGGGGUCGUCGAGUCAAGGUUUGCCACCAUCCGAUCAUCUCUUAGCGUCGAAGGCUGAGCCGCAGAGCUCACUUGAGUCAGGCGGGAGUGGACAUCAGUCCACAUUGAUCAUUCCAGGUCUCAUCAUACCCAUCAAGGGGUCGAAAAUCUCAAUCCCAAUAUUCUCCAAAAACUAUGCUUCCAGUAUAUGGUGCCUCCGUGAGCUCACCCAGAUGGUGGAGUGCAAGAGAACCACAGGACAAUUGAUUCUGCCAAUCUUCUACGACGUCGAACCAUCUGAUGUGAAGCAUCAAUCUGGGUGUUACGAGGAAGCCUUUCGCGAGCACGCCAAUUGUUUCGACGUAACAACUGUUAAGGCAUGGAAGGAGGCAUUGAGAGAGGUUGGAGAACUCGAGGGUUGGGACUUGAUCAGAGAAUCUCAGUCUGACUGGGAUGGAGGAGAAAACUUCAUAAAAGAGAGUAUUGUUCCAAUGGUGUUGUUAGAGUUAAAGAAGAAUUAUGUGGUUGUGACUGACAACUUCGUUGGAAUGAAUCACCACGGAAAUGAAAUGUUCAGAUUAUUAAACAUGGACUCCAAUGAAGUACGGAUAGUUGGUAUCCAUGGCGUCGGUGGUAUUGGCAAGACAACUAUUGCCAAAUUCAUCUACAACAUGCAAUUCGAGUUCUUUGAAUGUUGUAGCUUCCUUUCAGAUGUUGGAGAAAUGACGCAACAACGCAAGGGAGUUGUUAAUUUACAGAAACAGCUUCUUGCUGACAUUCUAAAAAGGUGUCCUGACAUUGCUGAUAUUGAUAGUGGAAUCGACGUGAUUAAAGACAUAGUUGUCAAAAAGAAAGUGUUCAUUGUUCUUGAUGAUGUGGAUAAAAGCUCUCAUUUUGUUAGGCUUUUGGCAAAGCGUGAUUUGUUUGGUUCAGGAAGUAGGAUCAUAAUUACAACUAAAUACAAACAUCUUUUGGAUGAUCUUAAAGUGGAUGCGACUUAUGAACCCCCACUAAUGAAUUCUGAACAAUCUCUUCAACUUUUCAGCAUGCACGCCUUUAGAAGCAAGUCUCCUCCACCAGACUAUUUCACCAUCUCUAGAGAGAUUGCAUCUGCUGCUGCAGGGAUUCCUCUAGCUCUUGAUGUUAUAGGUUCAUUUCUAUCUGGCAUGGAGAAAGCGUUAUGGGAGGACACAUUGAAGAAAUUGGCGAAAAUAUUGCAUGAUGAACUCGAGAAAAAAUUGAGGGUAAUUUGUGAAACAUUAAAUUAUGCACAACGACAAAUAUUUCUCGAUAUUGCAUGCCUUUUUUCUGGGAUGGAAAAAGCAGCUGUGUUUUACAUGUGGGAUGAUUGUGGCUAUCAUCCAAAAAAAGAAUUGAAUGUCCUUUAUCUAAUGUCCCUGAUAAAAGUUGGAGAUGCUGAUGAGCUGAAGAUGCAUGAUCAGUUUAUAGCUCUUGGCAGGAAAAUCGUCUAUGAAGAAAAGGUUCGGGGCAAUCGUAGUAGGUUGUGGAAUCAUGAGGAAGCCUUGAACAUAUUGGAGGGACGGAGGGGAACAGAAAAGGUUGAAGCCCUAAGUCUUCACUUUGAUUUAGGGCCUGAAAAGAAGCCUCGCUUUACAAGUAAGGAAUUUGCAAAACUAGUGAAUCUAAGGUAUCUCCGAGUUGAUGGCACUGACCUGGUUGGGGAUUUUGAGCAUCUUCUGCACCGAUUAAGAUAUCUUAAUUGGCGAAGAUGCCCUCCGCAUUUUAAGCCAAUCAAUUUUCAUUUGGAGAAUCUAGUCGUUCUUGAUCUGUCAGAUAGUGGCAUCACAGAAGAUUGGGGGGGUUGGAAUCAUAUCAAGAUGGCAAACAAGUUGAAAGUUCUACAACUGGCUAAUUGUGCUUUAAGGAGAACACCUGACUUUUCAUCAUAUGCAGCUCUAGAGAUAUUGAUUCUUCAACGGUGUAAAAGUUUGGUCGAAGUUGACCAAUCCAUUGGUAAACUGAAGAAUUUAAAAGUGCUUGACAUUUCAUAUACUGAUAUAAGGAAUUUACCUGAUGAACUUUGGAUGUUGGAGAAGCUGGAAGUGAUGGAUUUCACACAUUGUAGCUAUUUGAGGAGGCACAUUCAUAGUAAUAUUGGGAGUUUAACAGCUUUGAGAUUCUUGAGCUUUUAUGAUACCAAAAUUCAAAGCCUGCCAAUGAGCAUUUGGGAUCUCUCUUGCCUCCAAACCCUUAAAUUAGGAGGCUGCGAAGAGCUUCAAUCAUUUCCACAGCUUCCCUCAAGUCUGAGGAGUCUGGAUGUAGCUUCUACCCCUAAUGAAAUAAAUCUGGUUAAUUUACAGGAGUUACACUUGGUAGGGGGCAAUGAGUAUGUGGAGAUUCCUAUAGAUAUUUGGAAAUGUUCCAAAUUGGAGAAGUUGACCUUGGAUUCUACCAACAUUAGGAUCCUACCAAAAGAGAUUGAUUCCCUUUCUCAGCUGAAGGUGCUCGAUGUACAAUUCUGUCACAAUCUUCAAUGUAUACUGGGGUUACCUUCAAGUCUAGUUGUUUUGUCUUUUGCAUUCUGUCAUUCACUAGAAAGAUUGCCGAAUCUGUCAAAUUUGAAAAAAUUGUUGAGAUUAUCACUUCGAAGUUGUGUUAAGCUGACAGAAGUUCAAGGGCUUGGAAAUUUAGAAUCAUUGAUGAGGUUGGACAUAUGUGCAUGCGAUAUGUUAGCUAACCUUGUUCCGCCUAAACAGUCACCACAUGCUUGCAAUAAUUUAGGUGAGAUUGAGCCUUGCCUUGAGGCUCUGAAAUCUUCGGAGGAAUCUGACCAGUCAACGCGCCUCCCUUCAUUACACGGGUUUUUUCCCCAAAAGGGUGAAGAAAAAUUUAACACAAGGGCACAGGAGGCAAGUGGUGGUUCCGUUGAAGGAGAGGAGAAGAUUUGCCACUACAGGGGAGUUCGAAAGAGGCCAUGGGGGAGGUAUGCUGCAGAGAUUCGAGACCCCGGGAAAAAGCGCCGUGUGUGGCUUGGCACCUUCGAUACGGCAGAGGAAGCAGCAAGGGCUUACGACGCAGCCGCCAUCGAGUUUCGAGGAUCCAAGGCGAAGGUCAACUUCCCAAGGGUGAGCUUCCCAAAGGAACUCAAUAUGACGGUUUUGAAAGCAGAGGAGAGCAAGAGCUCUUGUGUUACCUCAGACCGUGAUGGAAUAAGUUACGGGAACAUUGAUGUACAACUUGCAGCACCAAGAGAGUCAAGAGCAGAAGCCCAAUGCGAUGGAUCAGAAGAAAAGAAGGGCGAAAGCAAUAUGGUGAGAGUGAGUGCUGAGGAAGAGAGCGAUACUGAGGAAGAGGGAGAAGUGGUGGAUCAUGAGACAUGCUAAUGCUAGAAGAGGAUGAGUUUUCACGACAAUGUGUUUUCCUCCAUGAUUGGAGAGAGCAACAAGGUUCAAAUCUCUGACUAUAAAAGAAAAGGAGUUCCGAUUGCUUGGCUAGAAAAGAGGCAGUGAACUAGUGAUAAGCAGCACAAACUACUUCGUCUCAUUAUUUAUGUAUGACAGUUUGUAUUACCUGAGUUCGUACAAAAUGAAAGAUUAGUGUUUGAUUACUCAA